GUGUGCAUGUGUACGUAGGUGUUAACCGGCGUUCAUUACUUCAUUAUCAAGUUAUCAAUGAAAAAACUAGAUUGACGGUUUUGACGUACGUCUAAAAAACAUUGUUUGUUGUGAUUUUUGCUCGAGAAUGCAUUAAGCAAAACAGUGCCAAAGUCAAUUUUGAAUUUUGUCUUGUUUCAAAAAGUCGAAAUGAAUCCAACUGAGCCAAACAGUGCAGAAACUCUCAGUUCGAAAAUGAAGGACGUUAUUGACGUUCUCGCUAUGCAGAGGGAGAAAAGAAACACCUUGCAAAAGAGUAUCACGAUCGAUUACAGCGUUGCCACGGACGGGUUCACCGUCUCUAGGUUCAUCUUUGAAUGCGGAUACAAAUUGGACGCGCAUCCUUUGACGAUUGCAACAGCUGCCAUUUUGUACCACAGAUUUGUGAGAGAAGCUACCAUAAAUGGUUAUGACAAUUACUUAAUUGGAUCUACAUGCCUUUACCUCGCCGGCAAAGUAAAAGACGACGCAUUAAAAAUUCGCGACGUAAUGAACGUGGCAUACAAUACUCUUCAUAGAGGUUCCCAGCCUUUGGAACUUGGAGACCAAUAUUGGAGUAUGAGAGACGCUAUUGUUCAAGCCGAACUUCUGAUUAUGCGAAUGCUGAAGUUUCAAGUCACUCCCGAACAUCCACACAGGUUCAUCCUUCACUAUUUAAGAUCGUUGCAAGCCUGGUUCGGAGAGGAGGAAUGGUCCAAAUAUCCCGUGGCUAAAACGAGUAUGGCUUUGCUGCAAGACUUUCAUCAUUCACCCUCGGUUCUCGAUUAUCCUCCUAAUCUCAUCGCCAUCGCUUGCAUAAAUCUUUCCUUGCAAGUUUACGGAGUGGUAGUUCCUUUGAUGGACGAAUGCGAUCAGCAGCCUUGGUUCAAUGUUUUUUGUAAGGACUUGACGAGAGACAAGCUUUGGGAAAUCAUGGAAAAAAUUAUGGCUGCUUAUGACGAUGAGCCAGAGACGAGAGAUAACUAGCGAUUAAAAAAAGUCCAUUCAAUUAUGAAUGGCAAAUGACUUUUUUUUAUUCAUCUACGAUCUCAAAUCUUGAAAUAGCUAGUUUCUUGUCUACCAAAUACUUGUACAACGUUCUAAGUUUGUAAGAUAAGAAUAAGGAACAUUCCGUGGCCAUUGGAGUAAGUGUAAAAUAUUGUUUAAAUUAAUAAAAUGGCUAGUAAAGCAAGACAAAA